AUGGCUGGAGACAUAGCUGUGUCUGAUCAAGCCAUGGACAUUGACAUGAAUGUGCCCUCUGUUGGCUCUACUGUCGACACUUCCUCAGCCACGCCCGUCAAUGGCCUUCCUGCUCGCCGCCGCCUUCCCAAGCAAACGGACAAGCGAGGAUAUCACAACAGCAUCCAGAACCUUCCAAACGCCAAGGUACAGAAGCGCGCACCCAAGGCGAACAUCAGUGUCCCAAGAGACUUGACUCGCACAGAAAGGCUGAAGCUCUCCAGUCGCCAGAAGAAGCAGAAGCAGCGCCUUCAGAAAGCCAUCGCCGAUGGCAGCUUCAAGAUACAAAUGCCUAUACAUGUUGGAAGUCUCCCUACGAUGGAGCAAGGCAAGGUCGCGCAUAUCGAGAGACUGAACAAAGACCUCGUGACCCAAGCUCUCUACGCACCUACCCCUGGCUUGACCUUCGACACAGCGCAGCCUUCCCUGGGCAAGUUCGAGACGGGCGACCUGCUCCUGGCUCUGGAAGCCUACCAGAUGUAUCUCGCCGGGAAAGGCAGGAUCAUCUUGUCGCAUAAUGCACCGGUGUUGCUAAAGGCCUUCACCCGAGACGUGCUCUCGACGGCGCUGUCGCUGCCAAAGAAGCUUGACUACCAGGCUGGGAUGGGCGACUUCUGGACCCAAGUUGCUGUGGAGUACCAGCAAUCAAAGAGAAUGAGACGGCUUGUGUCAAAAGUCAUGACAAUGCUAAAGGGGGUCCACCACGAGCCAUUCCCGCCAUGGGAAAAGGGAGCAUCGGACGCAGCCCGCAGGGCGGCGAUCCGUAGUGCUUUUGGGGCUCCGGGUGAGCAUCCCUCUAUCGACGAGGCUAUCGCGAGGGUGAUGGAGGGUAAGAAGCCCCGUUUCGCCGUGGCCCAGCCGUCCACCAUCCAAGCCAUCAUGAGCCAUUUCGAGGCUGCACGCUCUCGAUACCUGUCCAACCUCAAUACGUCCAACAAUUGGGCUAACCAGAGAGACCCUGGCUCCCACAAGCCCACGCCGCCCUUCGCGCUGCCGCCACGAAACCUUGACCUGGACGACUCCUCCGAUGACGAGGACUGUGGUGUACGAGGCGGUGUGUCUGACGGUGACAUCGAGGACAAUGGGCAAGUAGAGGAUGGAGAGCUCCGCGGACGGAGCCAGAGGUUCAUCAUGAAGCUUGAUAAGUGGAUGGCAUUCAAGAAUGGCCAGCAACAGGAUAGUAUUGAUGCCGACAUGCUCUCCGCUCUGGAUCUUGGAAAUGCGAAGUAG